GUUACUUGUUAGACCAACCCGCAGCCACCUUUGAGUUUGAUAGAGCUUAGAUCCGCACCACUUGGCCUUUUCGUGCCGAGUUUUCCUUUGCGAAAUUCAAAGUAUUGCCUUGACCCCAACUGCUAAUGCAGACGUUGUGCCUCCUGGCCUGGCGAGCCGGCUCGGUGACUGUCCAGAAUUUUGAUUUUUCUGAAUUUUGAAACGAUAAUCACACACUAGUUUUUUUUUAAAUUGAACCUCACAAUCGUGUUGGAGCUGCGAAAGUAUUGAAGCAGAGGGCAGCUGCACCAGUGGCGUAUAGCGUAGUGUUUUCAAGCGUUGCUGCAGUGGAAAAUCCUACACGAUGGGGAAGAAACAGCAUCAGAAGGACAAGAUGUACUUGACCACCACGGAGUGGAGUACGCUAUUCGGUGGCAAGAAAGCGGCUGCUGGCGAUCAAGGCAAGAAUGCGUCGUUUCGUCGACUUCCCUUUGACUGCUGCAGUUUAUCGCUGCAGCCGACUGACAACCCGUACUGCACUGCGGAAGGUGUCGUCUUUGACCUGUUGAACAUUGUACCGUACUUGAAGAAAUUCGGCCGCAACCCAGUCAACGGGGAGCGCUUGGAUUCCAAAUCGCUGAUUCGUCUCAACUUCCACAAGAACGCAGAGGGGAAGUACCAUUGUCCGGUUAUGUUCAAAGUUUUCAAUGAAAAUACACACAUUGUUGCUGUGAAGACAACUGGAAAUGUAUUUUCCAUGGAAGCUGUGGAGCAGCUCAAUAUCAAGCGGAAGCAUUUCAAGGAUCUACUGACAGAUGAAGCAUUUGUGCGGGCAGAUAUCAUUCACUUACAGGAUCCGACGAAUUUGGAUAAGUUCAACCUGGCCAGCUUCCAUCACUUGAAGAACAGUCUGAAAGUGGAGAAUGAGGAUGGGUCAUCAAAGAACUCCACACUGAAGAACACAAGUGCUGAAGCAAAGUACAUUCUUGAAGAGCUGGACAAAACCUACCAGCCGGAGAAAUCUGAGGACAGUCAGCCAGCUGCUGCUACCAAGGCAACGGACCGUAAUGCGGCUCAUUUCUCAACAGGUCGCAUGGCAGCGUCAUUCACAUCAUCAACAUUAUGCCCUGUAACCGAACAGGAAGCAGCGGUGGUCAGUGAUGAAGUGAUUCGCUAUCAGAAAGUGAAGAAGAGAGGAGCUAAAGGUUACGUUCAGAUCAAGACGAAUCAUGGUGACCUGAACUUAGAAAUCCAUUGUGAGAUGGUGCCGAAAACAGCCGAAAACUUCAUUCUCCACUGCAAGGCUGGCUACUACAAGAACACAGUCUUCCAUCGGUCCAUACGCAACUUCAUGAUACAAGGUGGUGAUCCAAGCGGAACUGGACGAGGUGGAGAGUCAGCGUUUGGAGAGCCGUUUGCAGAUGAGUUCAAACCCAACUUGGUUCAUCAAGGUCGUGGAGUGUUGAGCAUGGCUAACAGCGGACCCAAAACAAACAAGUCACAAUUUUUUAUAACAUUCCGUUCAUGUCGGCAUCUGGACAACAAACAUAGCGUAUUUGGAAGGGUCGUAGGUGGCCUGGACGCGAUCACGUCGAUGGAGAAAGUCGAGUGUGAUGACAAAGACAGACCAACGGAACCCAUCGAGAUCACAGACUGUUCUGUCUUUGUCAAUCCGUUUGAUGACGUGGAUGCUGAGAUGACCAAGGAGAAGGAGACAGAAGAAGCCACCAUCAAGCAGAAAGCAGAAGCGGAGAGGCUACGAAAGAGUGGAAUCGGUCUGGAUACAGAAUUCAGCGCCACGGCUGCGAAAAGCAAGGCCAUUGGAAAGUAUCUACCGACUGCUAGCAAGCGACCUGCCUCACAAGUGCAGGACAGUAGCACAACAACACUAUCAUCUCCUUCAUCGACACAAUCAGCCGAUCCUGGUGUCAAGAAGAAGAAAGUCGGCUCCGGUGGCUUUUCCAACUUCAGCUCCUGGUGAUGUAGACCAGAGGCUGUUCAGAGACAGAUAGUGUGUGUGUGUGUGUGUGUGUGUGUGUGUGUGUGUGUGUGUGUGUGUGUGUGUGUGUGGUGUGUGUAUUUUCACGCGUGUGGUUGAAAAUUGAUCAUUGUCCACUCUAGGCUAUCCAGUACAGGUCUGUGUGUGAUGAGCGCUCCAGGGACCAGCGCAGGACUACUCUGUAGUAUUCGCUUCUAUGAUGUGAUGAUGACAUGUGCAUUGUGAAGUGACACUUGGCUAAUGUUA